AUAUCGUUUAUUAUAUAAUGUAUAGACGAUAAAUAAAAAAUGGUUUUCAACGUUCAACUCGAUUACGAAACAAAUACUUAAAGUGAAAUAGUAUUUCGUUUUAGCCGACAAUAUAUAGACUGUAUAUAUAAUAAGGACAUCAAAAAGUCUGGACACAAACUCUUAAAAACACAUCUCAUAUGAGAAAAAGUGAUGGAAAAGUGUUUUGACGUAAAAAUAAAUAGAUUUUACGUUUUCGACGGUUUAGUUAUUAUUUGUUGAGAAGAAAUAAAAAACUAGUGAAAAGUAUUUCACUUGUGUUUAAAUAUAGCAAAUAUAAAAACGAGAGAAAGAAAAUCAAAUUAAAUAAUACACAAAAUAAUAUAAUCUUUCGGUCCUGUCAUCCAAAGUGAUUGUCAUCGCAUAGAGAGACAGUCGACUACAGUCGCAGCCAUGGAUGAGUCGACCGAUUUGUUUAACUUAAGUGAUUCGGCUGUGGAUUGCGACCCGACAUCGCUGUCCGAUAACAUCACGUCAUCGAUGCUUAACUAUACUCUGUGUUUAAAUACCAGUGAAUAUAAUAACCCGACGGUCCCGUCGCCCACUAUAUAUCAUUUGGACCCCCAGUACUACUCCCUUCCCUAUACCAUCAUUGGCACCAUAUUUCAAGGCAUUAUUCUCAUAGUCGGCGUUUUGGGUAACAUAAUGGUAGUGAUUGUGGUAUUCAAGUCGCGAGGCAUGAAGACACCGACCAACUGCUAUUUGGUCUCGCUAUCGAUCGCCGACCUACUGGUGCUGAUGGCAUCGGUGCCCAACGAGAUCAUCGCCUACUAUGUAUUGGGCGACAAAUGGAUCUGGGGCAGUGUUGGAUGCGCUCUCUUCAUAUUCUUCCAGUACUUCGGCAUCAAUGCCUCGUCGCUGUCGAUCACGGCGUUCACUGUCGAGCGCUAUAUAGCCAUCUGUCACCCGAUGAAGGCCCAGAAGAUCUGUACCGUACACCGGGCCAAACGGAUCAUCAUGGGCGUUUGGCUGUUCGCCCUACUCUACUGCGGUCCGUGGCUUUUCCUCACCAAAACCCAGAAGAUCUACUAUAAGGGCCACGAAGACGUCGAGACCUGUAUCUUCUCGACGUCGCGCAAGUUUUAUAAGGGCUAUUAUAUGGCGGAUAUGAUCAUCUUCUAUGUGUUCCCAUUGAUCAUGUCGUGUAUACUAUACGGACUCAUCGCUCGCAUACUCUUUCACAACGAGAUGUCGAAGUCGUCCUCUUCGGGAAACAAGUCCCGCAACGGAGACCACAAUUACGGCACCACUGAAUUCAAGAAGUCCUCCUCAAACGACGCCUCUAGAGUUCAGGUAAGCCAUGGAUCCGAUUAUAUGUUUCAAUUAAUCCACUCUUGA